AUGAAAGGUGCAGCCAUAUAUCUAAAUGGAAGUUCUAAUGUGGAAUUCAUUGAUAUGUGGUUAGAACAAUUAUACGCUUAUGAUAAGGGAGGAUUUUUAUAUGUAGAAUAUAGUUCAAAUUUAAUUUCAAAUAGUGAAGCCUAAAGUAAUGAGAGCACUUUAGAUAAUUAGUUGGCGAAUUAAUCUAAAAUAAGCUUAAUCAGAGGUAAUUUCCUUGCUCUAUACGCAUUAAAUAUGGGAGGAGGAUUAUUUAUAGACUCAGAACUAAUAGAGAUCUAUUUUACCAAUAUUUAUCAGUACACCUCAAAUUCAAAGAAUGGUGGGUUUAUUUAUUUAUAAAAAGCAAAAUCUCUUACAAUAGCUGACUCUAAUUUCAGAAAUUAUUAAGGCUAUAAUGGGGCUUUUAUCUAAAGUGAGUCCUCAAAUACUGUCAUUUCGAUUGAGAGAUCUAAUUUUAAGUAAAAUUCCAAUCCAAUUUAUGAAGACCCUCUUGAUUCAAAUCCAACAGUUGAUUACUCAUAUGAUGAAUACGGUGCUAUAUAUAUUAAAAAGGCUGAGUCUGUUACAUUUAAAAAUAACAAAUUCUAUAAUCAUUACUUUAAAAAAUAUGGAGCAGUCGCAUUUUUAGAGCAGACUAAGUUUUAUGAUAAUGGAUCUACAUACUUCAAUACUUUAUCUGAGAUUGGAGCUAUUUACUUUAAUUAGACUUAUGAUGUAGAGUUGAGCUUUCUUAAUAUCGAAGAAAAUAUGUCUUUAACUGGUGCUACUGGAUUGCAUUUUGAGUAAGUGAAUGGUGAUGUUAAGCUGACAAAUGUUACGAUUUACAAAUCAUCAGGAGCUAAGGGAGCAAUAUGCUAUUAAAACUAUGAAAAUUCUAACGCAAUAGUUUCAAACUAAUUACUUUUGACAAAUGUUUCUAUCAUAAAUUCUGGUGCUCAAUAUCAUGCUGGAAUUUAUUACUUUCAUCAAAAUGGAAUUUUUAUCACUAGAAAUCUUUUUCUCCUUUUCGUUGAGUCUUAAUACCUUGGAGUAAUAGCAGUUUAAUCAGCAAGGAUGGUAGAAUUCCAUGAUACUAUAGUAACAGAAACCAGAAGUAUUGAGGGUGGUAUUUUUCUUUACGCAGAGAAUGUGAGAGAAUCAGUAUACAUCGGCUAGAUAAGAAUAUAAAAUAUGCCUUAGGUUAUUUUUACAACUUUGAGGAGAAAUCUAGCAUUCUGGCACCAGAAUUAUAGAUUUUAUUAUUCAAUGAUGACAGUUAAUCCAUACUCACUAAUUACAAUUAGAGGGGGAAUAUAAGCAUACAUCAACAAUUUAAUUCUUAAAAGUGCAAUAUUCGAAGAUGGUAACAGGGAGAUAAUAAGAAUAGACUAAUUCUUAUUAUGA